AUGCAUCUUCAGAACAUCUUCAAGAACAGUCUUGCUCAAAUCGACAGUGGCCGGACUGCCAUCCUGAGCAAACUAAAGCAGCUUGACUUUUUCUGGGCCUGCGUUGCUGGUCUUCCCCAUGUGGCUCUAAGUUUUCUCUUGAUGGAGUCCACUGCCCCCUUGGAAUAUCUCCCCACUUGUGGUGGACUCAUCAAUCAAAAACAGCAGAUGAAUUUUGUUGCCACCAGCACCCAAACAGAAAGUGUCUUGGCCUUGGCCCAGGCCUACAGCACAGUGCAUGCCAGCAAAGGGGAUGAACAGGUGACUCAAGCGAAGCAUGAGCAUUGCCUGGUCCAGCAGGUCUCCAGUGGCGCAGCAAAAGCACUCAUAGGGGGAAGCCUGGCAUGCUUCAUCCCAACACUACCUUGCCCUGAUGCAGCAGCCAUAUCCAAGUGCCUGCAUGCAUUCCCCAACCAGGACACACCCACUAUCGGGCAACCAACCCCGAUGCCGCAAGUUCAGGGCGAUUUCCGCAGCGUCCGAAACACAAAAGAAUCACCCCACAUCCACCCUGCAAUCUGUUGGCACAAGGCGCGUGCCGGGCAAGCAGCCCCGUUAAUCCCAUCCCUUGAAGCACAUCAUCUUGAAGGUGCCACCACAGGCGACAGUGCCCAACAAUGA